AGCUCGGCAUGAUGUGAUGUGUUGGUGUGAUGCUGCCUUUUUGAGAAAGCAAUGACCACGAACACAAUUUAAUUGCCGCCUCCAGGUUUAUUAUUAAACCACUGCAUCAACCAAAGCUACCAAACCAACGACUAUCCAACAGACAACCCAAUAGGAAAAGGUUACGCUCCUCCGUUCUCAAAACCUCUUCUUCCCCUCCAGUUUCCUUCGAGUUUUCUCUGCUCUGCUCUCCUCUAUUAUUUUUUCCUCCUCUCUUUCCAACAACUAAUUUCGAUCAUGUCUGUUUUGGCUGAACAAAAGACCAGUGUUCCCUUCCUCCCUCAAGACUUCUUUGUGGUCAAGAAGUCCGGUCUCUCCCAGGCUCAGGCUUUGACUGCCUACUUGGGUGGUUCUGCCUUUCAAACUGUCAUGGAUAAUCCUGUAACUGCUUACCGUCAAUUGGUGCAACAGUAUGCCAAGGAUCUCAAUGGAAAACCAGUUGACCCCAGAGUUGCCUCUGAAGAAGCCAAGGCAGUUUUCAGGGCUCACCCUGUUGGUGCCAGUCUGAGUGGUGUUGGACCUCGUUUGGUGGGUGUUGGUUUCAAGCGUAUCCCCAAGUUUGGCAUCCUUUUGGGAUUUUCCUUCUUCUUGGGUGAGGGAGAAAACCCAGGCAUGGUUGCUGCCACUGCUGCCUCCAUUCUGUCUGCCCCCUUUAUCAAUCCUAUUCGCAUGAUUGAGAAGCAACAGCGUGCUUAUUUCAAGCAAACUGGAGGGACCAAGAAGAUUAGUGAGAUUUUGAAGGAGUCUGCCGCCAAGAAUUUCACCCCCCUUUUCCGUGGAACUGUUCCCUUGAUGGGCCAUUCCUUGGCCAGUGCUCUUCUUGGUCUGGUGGGACAACCCAGGUUGCAAAAGUACAUUCAAAAGGAGCUUGGUGACAAGACAAGCAUGGGAAGGGCUGCUACUGGCUUGGUUGCCAGUUCUAUUGUGUCUCCCAUUUAUGUUGUUGUGACAAACCCUUUGAGCCGUUUGGAAGUUAUUAUGCAAACCAACUCCAUUUCUGGCAAGUCUAUUGGCCCUAUGGAAGCAGUGAGAGAGAUGGUUCGUGACUCUGCUCAGUUUGGUCUUCGGGGAGUUUUCCGUGGACAAGGAAUUGGAAUUGCCAAGGCUGUCAUUUCUUUGACUUUGUUCCAUGAAGGACGCCAUUUCCUGCAGGAUGCCUUCAAGGCCCACAACAUCAAGAAGGGUUACCACUCAGAAAACUAAGAUAGCAGGUAGUGCUUAUUGCAGGUUGGUGUCAGAUACACCUUGAAGAUGUGGACGGCAAGAAAGAUAUGUCCACGUGGUUUGGUUUGGUUUUUUCACCCGUGCUCAACUGCACAGUUACUCACUCGAUUUGCUAAGGCAGUUAUAAUUUGUAUUAGACGAACAAUGAAUUCAU